CCGUGCGUCCCGUCUCGAUGGCAUAUCUACGGGCAGAGCAAGUCCAUAGGAAAGAAGGUACGGUAGUGGGCAUUCUGGUGAAUACUUACUUAUACCAUACCUACUGUAGCAAGAAUAUAUCUCCUGUUGUGACUAGAAUAAUAAAAUUGGUCCAGAUAGCGAAGCCUCUUGACACUAUCCUGGACAAGUCGUGUAAGAGACAUCGGUUGAGCUGUCUUGAACCAAGACGCCUUGUAUGCAAUAUAUAUGUAUAUUCCUGCAUGCGGUCAGCAUCGCCGAAUCCGUCGCAAUUAGGUAGAAUAUUGGAAAGGAACUUGAGCGCCCCCCUGACCAGUUCGAGGGCAGUCAUGCGCAUUCCGGGAUAAAUAAAAGCAUCAUGUCCCGUCCCUCAACAUCUGGGUCUCUUUUUGACUGCCCACCCGCGUUACUCGGUUUUCCCUUCGGUUGUGUUUCUCGGUGAGUCGGCUCUCGGUGCGCCAUGAUGAAGUUCUUGCAACCACUUGGGGCUCUCCUUGUGCUCUUGGCCGGCGUGUCCGCCAAGGACGAGACGUACGACUAUAUCAUCGUUGGUGGCGGCACUGCUGGUACCGCGCUCGCAACCCGCUUGAGCCAAGGGCUGCCCAAAUCCAAGAUCCUGCUUAUCGAAGCCGGGCCCGCCGCUGCCGAUGAACUAAGGAUCAACGUCCCCGGUCUCCGUGGGUCUAUCCUAGGCACUAGCUAUGACUGGAACUUCACCACGGUGCCGCAAACGUCGCUCGGCGGCCGCUCCAUCGAUGUCAACCGCGGCAAGGUCCUGGGCGGCUCCUCGGCCAUGAACUACCUGUGCUACGACCGCGCCUCGGCCCCGGAGUACGACGCCUGGAGGGAGCUCGGCAACAAGGGCUGGGGCUGGGACGCCAUGAUCGAGGCCAUGACCAAGUCCGAGAACUUCACCGGCUCCGACAACGACCGGCACGGCUUCACGGGGCCCAUCCGCAACUAUUACAACCGCGUCGUGUACCCCGUUAUACGCCUGUGGCAGCCCACCGUGAGCAAGCUGGGUAUCAACGUCAAUGACGGAAAUAGCAUGGGCGGGAAACCCAUCGGCGUCAUGUUCCAGCCAACCAACAUUGACGAGACACGCCAUACCCGUUCCUACUCUGCCUCCAGCUAUCUGCCGUUGGCCGGCAGGAACCUGGUCGUCAAGACCAACACGCAAGUUGCCAAGGUCAAUCUGGUCAAGCGCAGGGGCCCGGGCUCGGUGUACCAAGCCACUGGCGUGACCCUGUCCAGCGGCGAGAUUAUCGCAGCAAACAAAGAAGUGAUCUUGUCGGCCGGCUCCGUGCAGAGCCCCGGCCUCCUCGAGCUUUCCGGCGUCGGCCAGGCGGCGGUGCUCAAGGCCGCCGGAGUAAACCAGCUCAUCGAUCUCCCGGGAGUCGGCGAGAACUACCAGGACCACAUCCGCGUGUCCAACACUUACCGUCUCAAGGAAGGCAUCGACUCGUUCGACCCGCUCAUCUUCGACAGCGCCGGGGCCAACGCCACGGGGGAGCUGGCAAAAUGGUUGAACGGCGAGCAGUCGCUGUACGAGUACACAACCGCGGCCUACGGCUUCAUGAACUGGCAGCAGCUCGGCGUCGACAGCCAGAUGAAACAGCUCGCCCGCAAAACGUUCGGCCGGAGCACCAACCCCAUCGACGCCAAAAAGCUCCAACACCUCGACAACCCCAUCGUCCCAGCGGUCGAGAUCCUGUACGAAGCCAACUUUGUCGGCGCGUUUGGCUACACCGGCGGCAAGUUCAUCACGCUCAUCUCCACCGUCAUGCACCCCUUUGCGCGGGGCAGCGUGCACAUCGACUCGCAAAACCCUGCUGCAGACAACAACAAGCCCGUCAUCGACCCCGGGUACAUGAGCAACGCGUACGACAUUCAGGCGCUGGUGGAAGCGGCCAAGUUCGCGCGGCGCAUCGCCCACACGGAGCCGAUGCGGUUGGCGUGGGAGAUUGAGACGGAGCCCGGCGACGAGGCCGUGCAGACGGACGAGCAGUGGGCGGAUUUUGCAAGGAAGGCGAUGGGCAGCUUCUAUCAUCCGGUCGGGACCUGCGCCAUGCUCCCCCGGGGCGACGGCGGGGUUGUUGACGCCAAUCUUAGGGUUUAUGGUACAUCCAACUUGCGCGUUGUAGAUAACAGUAUUAUACCAGUCAUUCCUUCGGCCCAUAUCCAGACGGCGGCGUAUGGCAUUGCUGAGAUUGCUGCGGCUAAGAUCAUCGCUCAGGCUUGAGCGUGGUUAUGGACUGUAUGUAGCUGGCGAAUUCACCUGCAAGUAACGGUGGGUUUGGAGUAUCGCAUGUUCUAGUCGUUCCUAAACCACUUGCCCGUAGUUGGGUGUACAGUACAGACAUCGAUCGGUUUGAGCUGAAGUUUGGGUACCUACCUUACCUAGUACAUAGAUCUCAACCGGAAUCGAAG